GUGAGAUACUCCAGUUGGGGGCGGGUCACCGUUUUAAAACAAACCGUCCCCCAUGGUUUCUCUGUCCAAUUCUACAGACUCCAGACCUGAUCCACCACCAACAACAAUCCGAGGGGGAUGGCGACUGACCGCCACUUUCAUUCGUUAUUCUUGUUUCGGUUCCAAGUCAGGACGGGGAGGCUGAACGACCACACCGGGAGCUCGGGCGGACUGAUCGACGCCGGGGAUGCGCGCCCCUCACCGGCCGCGUGCGCGGAACCUUCUGGAAAAGCGAGGAGCUACGCAAGCGAGGCGCGGCGGGGGACCGGUUUGGCUGCGGCACUUCUCUUUCCGUUCCGUCGCGGAAUGGACCAGGAUGACAGUGAAGGGGAAACUGAACUCAGGAAGCAGUCAGUUGGUGGUUGGGGUUUACUGCAGAUUGCCAGCUGCUCAGGAUUAACUGCAUAUGUAGUAUGGGCAGGAAUACUGAUGCCUGGUUUCAGGAGGGUCCCUCUAAGAUUACAGGUACCCUACAUACCUGCAAGCCACAAGCAGGUGAAAAAUGUGAUGACUUUACUGGAAGGCCGGUCUGGCAAAGUGGUGGACUUGGGAUCAGGUGACGGCAGAAUCGUGUUAGAAGCCAGUAGACAUGGCUUCCAUCCAGCAGUUGGCUAUGAAUUAAAUCCAUGGCUCAUCAGGCUGUCAAAGUUCUACGCUUGGAGAGCUGGUUGUUACAGCCAGGUUUCUUACAUGAAACAAGAUUUGUGGAAGGUUGAUUUGUCAGACUGUUCAAAUGUCACGGUUUUCUUAGCUCCUAGUGUGCUUUCUUUACUAGAAGUCAAGUUGUUAAAUGAACUUCCAGAAGAUGCCUGGAUUGUUGCUGGUCGAUUCCCUUUCCCAAAUUGGAAACCUUGCUGCACUAUUGGGGAUGGGGUGGACAAAGCCUGGCGUUAUAGUAUCAAGCAACUCCGCCAAGAACUUGUUUCCCAGAACACGCUUGAAGGAACAGCGGUAUAACAUCCAUUGACAAAUCAAUAGUUGCAAAAAGGCAACUUUCAAGAGGAGACAGUUUUUUUUUAAUUUUAAGCUGCAAUCCAUGGAUUUUUUAAAAAAUAACUUACAAGAGAUCUUUAUCUGAAAGCCAAAGGAUCCUCUAUAAUAAAUUAAUUAAUCAUC